CUAUCUAGUUCUUUCCAGUUUCCAGUUCUAGGAAGUUGUAACUAACUAGCAAAGGAAUAACAAGAAGAAGUGAGUGAGAGUGAACAUAACUGAAUCAAAGAAGAAUCGAGAACGAUGGCCGGAAGAAUCGAAGACGAGAACGACGAUCGUGUUCCGAUAAGUUUGCGACCGGAGUGGUCCGACGUUACUCCGAUUCCACAAGACGACGGUCCUAAUCCGAUUGUUCCGAUCAACUACUCCGAAGAGUUUUCCGAAGUUAUGGAUUACUUUCGAGCUGUUUACUUCGCCAAUGAACAUUCAUCUCGCGCUCUUUCUCUUACCGCAGAAGCUAUCGGUUUAAAUGCCGGAAAUUACACUGUGUGGCAUUUUCGAAGGUUAUUACUUGAGUCACUAAAAGUUGACCUACAUGUUGAAAGGGAAUUUGUGGGGAAAGUUGCCAGUGGAAAUUCCAAAAAUUAUCAGAUUUGGCAUCAUAGACGAUGGGUUGCUGAGAAAUUAGGACUUGAAGCUAGAAAUAGUGAACUCGAGUUCACCAAGGAGAUACUGUCUAUUGACGCCAAACAUUAUCAUGCAUGGUCUCAUAGGCAGUGGGUUCUUCAAACACUAGGAGGAUGGGAAGAUGAACUCAAUUAUUGUAAUGAACUGCUUGCAGAAGACAUGUUUAACAAUUCUGCUUGGAAUCAGAGAUAUUUUGUCAUAACAAGGUCUCCUUUCUUGGGGGGACUGAAAGCUAUGAGAGAUUCUGAAGUGCUUUACACCGUUGAAGCCAUUAUUUCCUACCCGGAAAAUGAAAGCUCAUGGAGAUAUCUUCGAGGACUUUUCAAAGAUGAAAGCACAUUAUAUGUAAAUGACACUCGAGUUUCUUCAGUAUGUUUAAAGAUUUUGAAAACUAAGAGCAACUAUUUGUUUGCUCUAAGUACUCUGUUGGAUCUUAUUUGCCUCGGUUAUCAUCCAAAUGAAGAUUUCAAAGAUGCCGUUGAGGCUUUAAGGACUUCGGAUUUUGGUGAACAAGAUUCAGAUAUAGCAAGAACUAUUUGUUCUAUUUUAGAAAAAGUUGACCCCAUUAGAGUCAACUAUUGGAUCUGGCGCAAGAGUAGACUUCCUCAGGUAGCGUAAUAUCAAAUUAAUUAGAGGACAAUUUUAUGUCAUCUGUGUAAUUUGUACUGUCUAUUGAAAUUGGAUGCCAUGAAUCCCCUAUCCUUAACAAUUGUACAUUGUUGGGUGAAAACAGGGUGAUUGUUUUGUUAUAUGAUUUCAGGCUGUAUUUCUACAUUUAACAGCAUAGUUGUUUUGCUAUGAUAUAUUGUUGGGGAGUACUCUUAUAAUUGUGAUUUGUGAAGUUGUACGCUUUUGUUCUGCCGUUACUAUCAAUUUAGUUUGAUAAUAAGGAUUUGAAAUAA